CCCUAACACUGGCGGGGUGGCCCCGCGAGAGGCUGGCGGGCACUGGGCCCAGCCAGGAGCCGCAGGCCCGGCCUCGCGCGAUCGCCCGGCGGGGCGCGGGCGCGGCCUUCUGCGGGUCCUUGAUGCGGUUGAGGCCACGCGGGUCAGAAAGAAGCCCGGCCCGGUGGCGGGCGCGGUAGGAGGCGGCAGGGCCGCGGGCCCGGCCCGGAGACUGCGGCGCCUCUACGAUGGACGCCCUAGAGGAAGAGAGCUUCGCGCUGUCCUUCUCCUCUGCCUCUGAUGCAGAAUUCGAUGCUGUGGUUGGAUGUUUAGAGGACAUUAUUAUGGAUGCUGAGUUCCAGCUACUGCAGAGAAGCUUCAUGGACAAGUACUACCAGGAAUUUGAAGACACUGAAGAGAAUAAGCUCACCUAUACUCCCAUUUUUAAUGAAUAUAUUUCCCUGGUAGAGAAGUACAUUGAAGAGCAGUUGCUGGAGCGUAUCCCAGGCUUCAAUAUGGCAGCCUUCACCACCACAUUGCAGCACCAUAAGGAUGAAGUGGCUGGCGACAUCUUUGACAUGCUGCUCACAUUCACGGAUUUCCUGGCUUUCAAGGAGAUGUUCCUGGACUACAGAGCAGAAAAGGAAGGCCGAGGACUGGACUUAAGCAGCGGCUUGGUGGUGACUUCUCUGUGUAAGUCAUCUUCUACGCCAGCUUCCCAGAACAACCUACGGCACUAGGUCCCUCCUUCACACAGUGGGUGUGAUGGAUAUGAGGUCACCAGCCCAGCAGGCUCAGAAAUGUGGGCUAAUGAUGACAGAUGCAUCCUGCAAGACCUACUGUGCCACAGCCCUUCGUUCAUGUGAAGUAUUGACGAGUCCUGGAAAACAUGACUGACCCUCCUGGCCCUUGUCAGAACCUUCCUGUAGUCAGUAACCCUCACGUUCCCGCUCCCAUCCUCAUACAGACACCUCUCCCAGGCACUUCUGAGAGGCUCCUCUGAAUCAAGCCCAGGUUGGCCGCCUCGCCUGGGGGUGCUCUUUCCCCAGCAACAUGGUAGUGCAGUGUGUCAACAGUGUGGACACCACAUCACUGUGAGCCCUUCAUCCUGCAGGCUUUAGUGAGUCUUUGUUUUCCCACCGUUUUCACCUGGGUCCGUUUCAGGCCUCAGCCUCAAUGUGGCUUUUGUUUGGGUGUGUUUAUCUAGGGAGAUGCAGGCCAGCUGCCUGUCCUGGUUUCUGAAUCUCCUGGGAUUACAGCUUGACUGGCUGUCGGGAUCCACUGAGAGGGCUGUCCUCUACCCACAAGUGAACAUGAACUCCAACCUUACAUUAACAGUCCUUUCACCAGCGAACCCUGCUGGUCUUGAUGUAGCCCCACUAUUCUACUCUCUAAGCAUUAUUUUCAAGAAACCUAUUUUUAUAGAUGAAAACUCAGGCUAACCUAGUGAGUAUGAUCUUGGGGUGCCCAUGAUCAACCACUUAAAGAUCAGAGUAUUAUAUGCUGUGUGCUUUUUAGUUGUGAGUGUUGUGAGUGCAAACUGCUUUCCAAUUGGUGUCCUCUCGCUGGGCACCAGUACAAACAGGCUGUGUGCUAGAAAUGGGCCACAGCUCUGUCGGGAUAGCAUGCUGGGUGUGUUCGUGCAUGUUUGUGUGCCAUGCUGUCCAAUGGCGUGCUGGGUGUGCUUGUGCAUGCUUGCGUGCAGUCCUUCGUGCAGGCUGGAGAGCGGGGUUUUUACUGGGGGGUUGGGACUUUGCUGUUUGUUUUCAUACAGUGUCUCCUGCUAAGUUAAUGCUCCCCUGAUCCAGCUCGUUCUGGUGGGAGGGGCAGGACACAGUUUUUCUGGUCAUUUGUCAUCUUUGGUGGACGGCCACCAACCAGAAAGCAUGUGUGUCACAUCUCUAGAAAGAAGAGAACAGUUCAGAUCCUAAUGUAUACUUUUGACUUUAACUUUUAUAGUAAACAUAAGAAUCCACGAUGACUUUCCAUGUGACCAUUCCGACUUUAAAGGAUUUAAGCUAAGCUAAGCUCUGUUUUUCCUGUAGCUGUGUGUCUGUCACUUAGGACUUUUGUAAAAUGAGUAAAAUUUGAGGUGUUUUAGCAAGAAUAAUAA